AUGCAGACUCCUGAAAUAAAUUACGAUGCAAUUAAGACGGACGACGAUGUUCCCAUCUCUUCCUCCAGCGAGCCUUGUACGGGUGUCGAUCCUUCCGCAAGUACCACGAUGACGGCGGUGUCUACGCCCACGCCAGCAACGCCCGAGUCGGAUCAUACCACUCCAAAACACUCGUUAGACAGACCCAAAAUGGGAGAAGAUGAGUUAAUACAGUAUCUCGACAAUUAUAUUGCUGUCGGUGUUCUCGUGAAGCGGGACCCAAGUUACGGCACCGAUCCUGAGAACCCAGUCAAACUCAAUAGCUACCCAGCUGCGGAAAUUGCUAUCCUAGAAAGCCACGGCUGGAUCCGGACCGAAACGAUUACUUACGGUGAUGACCUGUCAUUCUCUGGCGUUCGCAUAUAUGUGCUACCCGAUGAUAUCGGACGCAAAAUCAUCCCGCGGUCGAGUACGGCAUUGAGGCGCGCACUUAAGAUUAUUAUGGCGAAUAUUGACAUUUCAGUUGAGGCAUGGGAAGGAAAAAAUUGCCUCGAUCAGAAGGGUGUCAGUAACCUAGCAAAUGGUCCCGAGGAUGAGUCUCUGUGGUAUAUCUUCAACACGUUACGGAAUCCGGAACCCCAGGUGGAACGUAUGAGGAACCCCUAUGCAGGGAGGGCCAUGCAGGAGCUACUCACUGUGACUGUACAUGGGGAAGACGAGUCAGGCCAGGAUUAUACCGGGGUACUGGGCCUCAAGACGCCGCUAUACCCGUACCAGCGUCGCUCGGCUGCUACCAUGGUCCAGCGGGAAGCGCAGCCUGCGCAAAUGUUGGACCCGCGGCUACAGGCACUGAAGAGUCCAAGGGGCCAGGAGUAUUACUAUGACAAAGAAGAAGGGAGCAUUUUCCAGGAGAAGAAAAUGUAUUCGGAGGCUUGCGGAGGUAUCCUUGCGGAAACCAUGGGCUGCGGCAAGACGCUUAUUUGCCUGGCUGUAAUCCUGGCGACGCGCGGCCAUUUCCCCGAAAUUCCGCUGCAAUAUCAGGAGACGACGAACCCCGUUCGGCAAACGACAGGCAGCCUUGUUGAAAUGGCGGCGGCGACAGCAGGCCGGUUCUCCCUGCCCUGGAAGACCCACUUCGAUGCUCUGGGCCAUCGCGGUGCGUUCUAUGACCGAUGUGUCCGAGCCUGCGAGAGGGACCGUGGCGCCUAUACUGUAACUCCACCGCCGGCCAGACACAAAGGCCGAACUAACGUGGCGUUUCCUAGACCGUCGCCUCAGCGAGUCCGUCUUUGUUCGGGGACGUUGAUCAUCGUACCCCCUAACCUGGUUAACCACUGGCAAAACGAAAUCACCACACACACCGAUGGUCUCAAGGUCCUUGUACUACGGAACAGUUCUGACCAGACCCCGUCACCAGAUGAUCUCAUGCAAUACGACAUAGUUCUGUUCUCGAAGGUUCGCUUCGAGAAAGAGGCGGGCGAAGUGAUCAACAAACGUAGCUCGAUAGCGGCCGAGUCCCCUCUGACUAGGCUCCACUGGCUCCGGAUCAUCGUCGACGAAGGCCACAAUGCGGCUGGUAGCGGUCAUCGAACCAACAUGAUACACUUUAUGAAACAGCUCCCCAUAGAACGUCGGUGGAUUGUGUCGGGAACCCCAUCCAACGGGCUGUAUGGGGUUGAAGUCAGCCUGGCUUCACAGGAGACUCACACUAGUGACACUGAUCUGUCGGAAGCCACGACGGCCGUUCUCCAAGGUAGAAAGAAGACCGGCAAUGCCUUGGACAGUGAGCUCAAGGACCUGGACCGGCUGCGGUAUAUCGUGAUGGAGUUUCUUGAUCUCAAGCCGUGGUCCAACUCUCGAGCCAACGACCCUGCCAACUGGACCAAGUACAUCAAGCCCCUUGGCGAAGAUGGUAGGCGGCGGAAAGCGCCGUCUCUGCGAGCUACUCUGCAGAGCCUUGUCGUGCGACAUCGUCUCGAGGUCAUCCACAGUGAGAUUCCCCUUCCCCGGUUGUACAACAAGGUGGUGCAUCUUGAGCCAACGUUUUACGACAAGUUGAACCUGAACAUGUUCAUUUUUGGCUUGGCGGUUAACGCGAUCACCUCCGAGCGCAAAGACCACGAUUACAUGUUCCAUCCACGCAACCGCAAGCAUCUAAGCCUCGUGAUCAACAACCUCCGCCAAGCAGGGUUCUGGUGGGCUGGCUCGGACGACAUUUCCCAAACCAUCGACAAUGCCCUGAAGUAUUUGGGUAAGCACCCGGCGAUGAGCGAGGAAGACACGGUGACAUUACGCGAAGGCAUCCGGAUAGGAACAAUAGCGCUCCGAUGUGGAGGCUGGUGCGCCUUCAAGCAGAUGCAUGAACUGGGUGUUUUCAUCCAAGACUUUCCUGCUCAUGCUCGGAAUAUGUGGGCUAUUGAUCAGUCAGUGGCACACCAGGAACCUCUUCUGAUGGGGAUUACCCAGGCGCAUCAUGCACAAAAGUUUGUCACGAAGCAUUUAAACACCCACGACCCAACGGAAGGGCUUGCCGGCGCGGGGAUCAAGUUACGUCGAGAGCUGUCUGAGCGGGAGGGGGAUAACUCCAGUCCCAAAAAGACCACACCAGAUAAGCCCGUCAAGAGCAGCUCUCCGAAGAAGACAUACACCAAAGGGCUCUUCAAGACCUUGCCGGCCGAGUCACCGCUGGCGCAGACCAAAGUGGUCGCCACCGCUUCCGCCAAGCUGACCUACCUCUUGGACCAAGUGUCGGAGCUGCACAAGGCCGAGAAACUCAUUAUCUUCUAUGACAACAAUAAUACUGCCUUCUGGAUUGCCGAAGGCCUCGAACUUCUCGGGGUCGACUUUCGCAUCUACGCCAGCACCCUCAAACCCGCCAUGAGAGUAGAAUACCUUACUCUCUUCCGUGAGUCGGAAGAGGUGCGGGUCCUCCUGAUGGACUUGCGCCAGGCAUCCCACGGCCUGCACAUUGCGAACGCCUCCCGCGUUUUCAUCGUGAAUCCAAUCUGGCAACCGAACGUCGAAAGCCAGGCCAUCAAACGAGCGCAUCGAAUCGGACAGACGCGGCCCGUGUUCGUCGAGACGCUUGUUCUCAAGGACACACUGGAAGACCGGAUGCUGAAGCGUCGAAAGGCCAUGACCGACAGCGAGAUGCAGCACGCAGGAGACCUCCUCGACGAUAGCACAAUGAACUCCAUCAUUCAGAACGAACGCUUCAUUCCGAUGCCUGAAAGUGAAGACCUUGCUCAAAUCUCGUACCUGAGGCACCCGUCUGGGCUAUUCGGCCGCCACAAGCUGUCCAUUGCUGAUGACGAGGACGGAGAUAUAAAGCCAGAAUUACCAGCACGUGCAACCCCACGAAAGCGUAAACGCGCCGUCCUUCUUGACCCCAAGAGCACCGCCGAACCAGACCUCGUCACGCCGAAACGCCUUAAGUCUGCGUCGUCAGGGCUGGGCUUUGUCUCACCGCAUGGCAUCCUCAUGACGCCUCCGCGCGUCUGGAGCCGGUCUCCACGGGUCUCGCCAGUUCGGGUGGACUCGUCAUCGCUCGAGCUUGCUCACAGCGCCCAGCCCGCAGAUGCACGACAAGCAGCGGGUAAGCCAGCGGGUAAGCCAAGCAAGAGGGUAUCUAUUUUCGGGCCAUAG